UGUUACACAGAUAGAAAUCACACAGAAGAACAGAUGGUAAACGGGAUCACUCAACUAAAUUACAAGAUGCAUUGACAAUAUCUGCCUCCAGUUCAGGAUCAUAUGUAAUGAGUGCAACGCGUUACCCUGGACUUAUAUUUAUUAGACAUCUGGAUCCCUGGAACAAACACAUUGAGCUCAGAACAUUAUCACAGUCACAUCUUCAGUAGAUAUCUGGAUCCCGGGAACAUACACAGCGAGCUCAGAGCAUUAUCCCAGUCACAUCGUCAGUAGAUAUCUGGAAUAUACAGAGUGAGCUCAGAACAUUAUCUCUGUCACAUCUUCAGUAGAUAUCUGGAUCCCUGGAACAUUCACAGUGAGCUCAGAACAUUAUCCCAGUCACAUCUUCAGUAGACAUCUGGAACAUACACAGUAAGCUCAGAACAUUAUCCCAGUCACAUCUUCAGUAGAUAUCUGGAAUAUACAAAGUGAGCUCAGAACAUUAUCUCUGUCACAUCUUCAGUAGACAUCUGGAACAUACACAGUGAGCUCAGAACAUUAUCCCAGUCACAUCUUCAGUAGAUAUCUGGAACAUACACAGUGAGCUCAGAACAUUAUCCUAGUCAGUCACAUCUUCAAUAGACAUCUGGAACAUACACAGUGAGCUCAGAACAUUAUCCCAGUCACAUCUUCAGUAGAUAUCUGGAAUAUACACAGUGAGCUCAGAACAUUAUCGCUGUCACAUCUUCAGUAUACACCUGGAACAUACACAGUGAGGUCAGAACAUUAUCCCAGUCACAUCUUCAGUAGAUAUCUGGAACAUACACAGUGAGCUCAGAACAUUAUCCCAGUCACAUCUUCAGUAGACAUAUGUAUCCCUGGAACAAACACAGUGAGCUCAGAACAUUAUCCCAGUCACAUCUUCAGUAGACAUCUGUAUCCCUGGAACAAACACAGUGAGCUCAGAACAUUAUCCCUGUCACAUCUUCUGUAGACAUCUGUAUCACAGGAACACACACAGUGAGCUCAGAACAUUAUCCCAGUCACAUCUACAGUAGACAUCUGGAUCCCUGGAACAAACACAGUGAGCUCAGAACAUUAUCCCAGUCACAUCUUCAGUAGACAUCUGUAUCCCUGGAACAAACACAGUGAGCUCAGAACAUUAUCCCUGUCACAUCUUCUGUAGACAUCUUUAUCACAGGAACAUACACAGUGAGCUCAGAGCAUUAUCCCAGUCACAUCUUCAGUAUACAUCUGUAUCACAGGAACAUACACAGUGAGCUCAGAACAUUAUCCCAGUCACCUCUUCAGUAGACAUCUGUAUCACAGGAACACACACAGUGAGCUCAGAACAUUAUCCCAGUCACAUCUUCAGUAGACAUCCGGAUCCCUGGAACAUACAUAGUGAGCUCAGAACAUUAUCUCUGUCACAACUUCAGUAGAUAUCUGGAUCCCUGGAACAUACACAGUGAGCUCAGAACAUUAUCCCAGUCACAUCUUCAGUAGACAUCUGGUACAUACACAGUGAGCUCAGAACAUUAUCCCAGUCACAUCUUCAGUAGACAUCUGGAUCCCUGGAACAAACACAGUGAGCUCAGAACAUUAUCCCAGUCACAUCUUCAGUAGACAUUUGGAUCCCUGGAACAAACACAGUGAGCUCAGAACAUUAUCCCUAUCACAUCUUCAGUAGACAUCUUUAUCACAGAAACAUACACAGUGAGCUCAGAACAUUAUCCCAGUCACAUCUUCAGUAGACAUCUGUAUCACUGGAACACACACAGUGAGCUCAGAACAUUAUCCCAGUCACAUCUUCAGUAGACAUCUGGAUCCCUGGAACAUACACAGUGAGCUCAGAACAUUAUCCCAGUUACAUCUUCAGUAGAUAUCUGGAACUUACACAGUGAGCUUAGAACAUUAUCCCAGUCACAUCUUCAGUAGACAUCUGGAUAUCUGGAACAUACACAGUGAGCUCAGAACAUUAUACCUGUCACAUCUUCAGUAGACAUCUGUCUCACAGGAACACACACGGUGAGCUCAGAACAUUAUCCCAGUCACAUCUACAGUAGAGAUCUGUAUCACAGGAACAUACACAGUGAGCUCAGCACAUUAUUCCAGUCACAUCUUCAGUAGACAUCUGUAUCACAGGAACAUACACAGUGAGUUCAGCACAUUAUCCGAGUCACAUCUACAGUAGACAUCUGUAUCACAGGAACAUACACAGUGAGCUCAGCACAUUAUCCCAGUCACAUCUUCAGUAGACAUCUGUAUCACAGGAACACACACAGUGAGCUCAGAACAUUAUCCCAGUCACAUCUACAGUAGACAUCUGGAUCCCUGGAACAAACACAGUGAGCUCAGAAUAUUAUCCCAGUCACAUCUUCAGUAGACAUCUGGAUCCCUGGAACAAACACGGUGAGCUCAGAACAUUAUCCCUGUCACAUCUUCAGUAGACAUCUGUAUCACAGGAACAUACACAGUGAGCUCAGAACAUUAUCCCAGUCACAUCUUCAGUAGACAUCUGUAUCACAGGAACAUACACAGUGAGCUCAGAACAUUAUCCCAGCCACAUCUUCAGUAGACAUCUGUAUCACAGGAACACACACAGUGAGCUCAGAACAUUAUCCCAGUCACAUCUUCAGUAGACAUCUGGAUCCCUGGAACAUACACAGUGAGCUCAGAACAUUAUCCCAGUCAUCUACUUUAUAGGAACAUACAUAGUGAGCUGAGAACAUUAUCCCAGUCGCAUCUUCAGUAGACAUCUGGAUCCCCGGAACAUACAAAGUGAACUCAGAACAUUAUACCUGUCACAUCUUCAGUAGACAUCUGUAUCACAGGAACACACACAGUGAGCUCAGAACAUUAUACCUGUCACAUCUUCAGUAGACAUCUGUAUCACAGGAACACACACAGUGAGCUCAGAACAUUAUCCCAGUCAUAUCUUCAGUAAACAUCUGUAUCACAGGAACAUACACAGUGAGCUCAGAACAUUAUCCAAGUCACAUCUUCAGUAGACAUCUGUAUCACAGGACCACACACAGUGAGCUCAGACCAUUAUCCCAUUCACAUCUUCAGUAGACAUCUGGAUAUCUGGAACAUACACAGUGAGCUCAGAACAUUAUACCAGUCACAUCUUCAGUAGACAUCUGAAUCCCUGGAACGUACACAUUGAGCUCAGAACAUUAUCCCAGUCACAUCUUCAGUAGACAUCUGGAUAUCUGGAACAUACAUAGUGAGCUUAGAACAUUAUCCCAAUCACAUCUUCAGUAGACAUCUGGAUAUCUGGACCAUACUCAGUGGGCUCAGAGCAGGAUUGUCCCAGUUUUAAGUAGCUACCAGUGCAUAAUGAUCUAAGCAAUUUAGUUCUAAUAAAAAAAUCAUCCCAAAUCUUCAUCAAUUAUUCCCAUAAUUCUAAGAAAUAAGUCCAUUGGCCUCUUCUCUUAUCGUAAUCCACACAGUUGUAUUCCCAGAGUCCAUGGCUUCAUUUGUGCAUUUUCUGUCCUGCUUGCUGGGCCUUGGUUCUUGGGUUGCCAUUAAUGGAGUUUGGGUAGAGCUUCCACUCUUGGUUCCCCAGGCUCCUGAAGGUUGGGAGCUACCUUCAUACCUUACACUCCUUAUCCAAUUUGCUAAUGUUGGACCGUUAGUUGUAACUGUGAUUCACAAACUCCGUCCUGGAACCCUGAGCGAAAAGCUGGUGAUUUUUCUUCUUCUGGGAGUGGGAGUUAUGGCCUGUGUGCUGUUGGCCUUCCUCUGGAAAGAGACAAGUUGGGUUGGGACAUCCCUGAGAAGCACUGCUUUACUUGUUCUAAUAUUUUUCCUUGCAUUGGUUGACUGUACAUCAUCUGUCACCUUCCUGCCCUAUAUGACCCGGCUCCAUCCAGAUUAUCUCACAUCUUACUUCAUUGGGGAGGGACUGAGUGGCCUAAUGCCUGCUCUGCUGGCUCUAGGACAGGGGGUAGGUGUAGUGAGCUGUGUCCCUUUAAAUAUUACAGAAUCAAAUGGGACCAGGGUUAACGAUACUCUAGCAGUUCAGUACCAUCCCGCUCGCUUCCCUGUUUGGGUGUUCUUUAUGUUCUUGGCAGGUAUGAUGGGUACCUGUCUGCUAGCCUUUACCAUCCUCAAUAGAAUGUCCUCGGAGAGUUGCCAGAGAAAGAGACUCUCAGAGGGGCCAUGCCGUAAUGUUGCUGAGCCGAAGCCAGUGAUAGGAGAGGAGGAGAACAGACAGAAGUGUUCAAAGGCAAUGGGUAGACCAGUAAUGUAUUCCUGGGGGAAUAAACUGUUUAUAUUCCUUGUGCUUGCCUGGGUCAAUGCUCUCACCAACUCUGUCCUGCCAGCUGUGCAGACCUAUUCCUGCAUGCCCUAUGGAGGCCACAUCUACCAUCUAGCAGUGUCUCUUGCUGCCAUGGCAAACCCACUUGCAUGUGGCAUCGCUAUGUACUUUCCUGACAGGUCCCUGUGCAAGAUGGGCAUACUAACAGCAUCAGGGACAGGAAUCGGAUGUUACAUCAUGAGUAUGGCUAUAAGGAGUCCUUGUCCUCCACUAAUGCACGCUCACACAGGAGGCAUUCUCAUUGUGCUGGGAUGGGUGCUAUUCGUGGGUGUCCUCUCCUAUGUGAAGGUCAUUAUUGGAGUGAUUCUACGUGAUGAAGGUCACAGUGCCCUCGUGUGGUGUGGGGCUGUAGUACAGCUUGGUUCAAUGCUGGGUGCUCUUACGAUGUUCCCUCUAGUGAAUAUUUACACUGUGUUUGUGUCAGGAGAAACCUGUGUAAACAGCUGCCCACUGUAAGCCAAAGCUACUGUCCCACAAUUCCUAGUUACCAUUUACUGAAUGUAAAAAAUAAAGUGGAGUGACCGAA